UAGUGGAAAACCGCACUUAUUUCUUCUUCUCGACUCGGCUUGUACUGUGAAAAUAUCGAGACUAAUAACUUGGUGUUGUUUCCGCAUAAGAAACAUCGGCUGGGAUAUUGGAGUGUUUUAUGUGGAGACAUUGAAUCUUCAAAAUGACCUCACCAGAUGAACGAGAAAAUUAUAAACUGGAACAAGAACACUUAACGAAUGGACAUCGAGAACAUGGAUGCUGCCCUGACGCGAUCUCUUCGGAUACAUCCGGAUCUUCCACAGAAAGCGACAACCCCAAAAAGGAGUUGUACCAACGGGAGGUUUGGACCCGGAAAAUUGACUUUCUGUUGGCCUGUGUUGGAUUUUCUGUCGGUCUUGGAAAUGUCUGGAGAUUCCCUUUCCUGUGUUAUAAGAACGGUGGAGGUGCGUUUUUGAUACCGUAUUUCAUAGCUGUUUUACUGGGAGGAAUACCAACGUUUUUCCUCGAAGUAAGCCUUGGCCAGUUCAUGUCUGAAGGAGGUGUAGGGUGCUGGAAGAUCGCUCCAUUGUUUCAAGGUAUUGGGUACGCAUGCGCCAUUAUCGUUUUUUUGCUGAACUGCGAGUACAACAUCAUCCUAACUUGGGCUUUGUACUACCUUUUCUCAUCGUUUACGGCUGUCCUUCCGUGGUCACAUGGCGAUAACGAAUGGAAUUCCCCUGAAUGCAGACAAAUGUACUCUGAACAGCCCACUAACUCCUCUACAGUCAAUCUGACCGGCAUAACCACCACCGUCGCCACAUUUGUGACCAGACUGGUCGACAACGUCUCUUAUCUAACGGACAAUACUACCAUGGAGACUGCCAAACCACCAGCGUGCGACCCCGUUACAGAGUUUUGGGAGCGGAAAGUCCUGCAGCUCUCCGACGGGGUGGACCACCCUGGCAACAUCAAGUGGGACCUCGCCCUGUGCCUCUUACUAGCAUGGAUCAUCAUCUAUUUCUGCAUAUGGAAAGGCAUUAAAUCAUCCGGAAAGGUGAUGUACUUCACGGCCACCAGCCCCUACGUGCUCAUGUUCGUCUUGCUUAUUCGUGGUGUCACACUGGAUGGAGCUAUUGACGGAAUACGUUACUACCUGAUCCCUGACUGGGAGAGGCUCCAGGACCCGCAGGUGUGGGUGGACGCAGGAACUCAAAUAUUCUUCAGCUACUCCAUCAGUUUGGGAACUCUAACAGCCUUGGGAAGUUACAACAGAUUCCAUCACAAUUCUUUUAGGGACAGCAUUGGCUUUGCUGCAGUCAACAGCUUCACAAGCGUGUUGGCGGGAUUUGUUAUAUUUUCCGUCUUGGGUUUCAUGGCUAAACAGCAAGGCACGACUGUGGAUAAGGUUGCCGAAUCCGGACCUGGAUUGGCGUUCAUCGCAUACCCGGAGGCAGUCAGACAGAUGCCAGUCGCGCCCCUUUGGGCUGUUCUUUUCUUUGCAAUGGUACUGUUGUUGGGUCUAGAUAGUCAGUUUGUAGGUGUGGAAGGUUUUGUGACCGCCGUAGUGGACGGUUAUCCACAACAUCUAAGGGUCGGUCGGAGGAGAGAAAUAUUUAUUGCCAUUGUUUGUGUUAUAUGUUUCUUCAUCGGCUUGUCCAUGGUGACAGAGGGCGGAAUGUAUGUAUUUCAGUUAUUCGACUACUACUCUGCGAGCCGAAUUGUUCUCGUUGUUGCCUUCUUCGAGUGCAUCGUGGUAGCUUACAUCUACGGCAUUGAUCGAUUCUAUGACAACAUAAAGAUGAUGUUUGGGUUCGGAUUACCAUCAUGGACCAAAGUUGUCUGGAUGUUCAUCACACCUGCAUUUACAAUGAGCAUCUUCAUCAUGGGAGCCGUCAGUUACUCUGAAUUAGACUAUAAGAGGAAGCACAUAACAUACAACUAUCCAUCAUGGGCAAUCGGCAUCGGUUGGAUGCUUGCUAUGAUAUCUGUCGUCUGGAUUCCAAUCAUUAUGGUUAAGCGUCUUUAUGAUGCUGAUGGCACGAUACAACAGAGAUUCAUUGCGUGCACAACACCACAGCUGAAGGAAAAUCAGAUACGUGACGGGGAAGACCUAAGUAAAAUAAAAUGUAUUACCAAUCACCUGAAUAUCAAAGAAACCUCCUCGCCAAGGGACAAUCUCCUGCCUACAUAUGCCUCUAGUAGUGGAAGUGUAAAUUUUGAUAAAACAGGAAACAAGCUAUAGAAGCAACACACUGGCCCCACGCUGUCAACACGGGGUCGUUAUUCUUUAUAUGUAGAUAACAAAUCUCGACUUAGUUCUCGAUUCAACGUUAAAUCAAUUUUGAAAUAUUUCAGCACUGGUUACGAGCCACAGGCUGAUAACCAGUGUAGCUGUAAUUGGUAUACUUAAUAUAAACUUAAAAACGACUAAUUGAAUUUAUCAUCCACAUACACCGUGGAUGUAGCCAUGACUAUGGUAGAGUGGACAUUCCAGCCCAAUACGUUAAACGCAGCUGCUAGAGAACAUCCUGGAGCUGUUACAAAAGACGGUGUUAAUGAGAACAAUUCACCAAUUUUCCCCUUUUCCAGAAAUGGUUAAAAAAAUAUGGACAUUCGAAUAUCGUUAUUUGUUGUAGUUUAUAAUUUUGAAAUCGUUCGUUUGGCAAUAUCUGUAUAAAAUAAGACUAUAACAUCACAUUUAAAUAUUUCAUUUAAAUAAACGUAUUUGCGCUCCUUUGUUUCUUUACUAUCAGUGGUUUUGGAUGAAAUGUCCUCUACACACCGUCUGCGUCAAUUGUCAUUUGUGAUUUAAAACCUUACCAGAAGGCGAGUACCUGAUGAGGGGCAUACCAAGCGCCGGUAAGGGAGUUAAAUGUGUUCAGUGGAGUGACACGAUUGCCAUUUCAUGUAAUAUAAUAGCAACAUGAAUAUGUGUAGUAUAGCACAAGAACAUUCACAGAAUGUUGUGUAGUCACAAAGCUAAAGCUUAUAAUGUCACUACGAAAGCACAACAUAGUGAACCUGUGAUUGAUAUAGAAUUAUUGUUUUAUUCCAGGUGUAUGAGAACAAAUACUUAAUCGUUUUAGUUGUGUUUUUAUUUAGUGUAGCAAACAUGUCAUGUUAUUGGAGGUUUUUGUCCUCAUAUUCCUUUACCAAAUAUUCGUAUUGUGUUUAAAUGAAAAUGCUUCGAUGAAAUAUGCGAUCAUUAAAAGAAAAAUGUCUUUCAUGAUAACCAUGAAACAGUAUUUGUAGAAAAUGACAAUCAAAACUGUAUCAGUUUUUAUAAUGUGUAUGGAUAAAUUUGAACAAAACUUUCUAAAAUCUUAGGUUUCUUACUAUUUCAUUUCGUUCGUGGCGGCGGUUAAAGACUUAAAAGGGUACGACAAUUGACAACGAAGGAUAUGAUAUUACAACAAAUGCAUUAUUAUAAAAAUCCAAAGAAUGUUUUAAGGCUAUGAAAACUAACGUUUAAUGGAACAGGGUAUUGACCUGCAUGUAUUAUUCAAUAUUAAAGUAAACCACAACUGUAUUUCAGAAUUAAUCGAUCUUUUGUUUAAUUGGUGUAAUAUAUUUACAAGAUCUGAUGUUGUUUAUCAACAAUUUCAGUCCUUUAGGUAUGUUGACCUUCAAUGUUGUAUGUAGACUAAUAUUUUCUCAGUGUUGAGAACAUCUUUAGUGCAUAUCAGUACAAUUGUUGUUGUUUAUCUUCAAUGUAUCAUAUACACAAUAUGCAAAACAUCUUUCAUACGGAAUUUUUAUAUAGCAAUUAAUGUUGACAUCCUGAUCUCUAAUCAUGUCUAACACAGUCACAUUUUAACUUUGUCAACACAGCAUACACGACAGGUCACAUACCGAAAAAUCAACGCGUAAAAUUUUUAUUAUUACAUUCUUAACAUAAAUAUAAAAUGUACGAUAGUGAAAAUGUAAAUAAUAUCAAAAAUGCAUAAAUUAAAAUCAAACACAAAGUAGGAUCAUACAGCUACAAUUAUGCUACACUUAUGUGUUGAUUAUUGUUAGAAUAUAGAAACAAUACAAAUAGUAUUCAAAACAUAAACAAUUGAUUGAGGAUGUUUACAAAUAUUGAAAAUUGAAACGUACACAGAGAAGACUAUAAACUGUAAACAAUGUGAGCAAACAUGAAAUAUUAUCCAAUGUUAAAAUAUUUCAACAUCAUCAAAUUCCAUUUCCUUUCAUGGUCAGAUAUACAUUUGUGGUAAACGUAAUUAAACAACAAAAUCCAUCAAAAUAAACCAAAUUACAUUCGGAUAAACCGAGUUCUUGAAAUGUAUUUAGAUAAAAUAAAUUCUCAAAGUACUUUACGGUAAACCAAAUUCACAGAAAGCAUGAAGGUUAACCAGAUUUGAUGCAAAUUUUCAGUUGCCCUAAAACGUCUCCCAUGUGAAGCGUUCUAGCUUGCACAUUGAGAACACUAUUUAAACUGUUCCAGUUCUUGGCUGUUGAUUUAUGUUCGUAUUUCAUUGAUGUAGCCAGUGUACUGAUACAUUUCCUUUCAUUGGUUUGUAUUUAAAUGUAUUCUACUGAUGUAAAAAGCAAGGUAUAUAUGAUGCAGCGUUCUUAUUUUAUAUUCUGACGGGAACAACGUUAAACAUGUAUAUUAUUGUAUAUUAUAAUGGAACUUAGGUUGCGUUAAGACUUUUUAAAAACUUUUUUAUAUAGACAUUGUUUAAGUAUGGUACCAAGUUGUCUCGUUUUAUAUUGAAUUUGCUUAAUUUUAUUAGAAAACCAUAACGGUAAUUUUUAUGAUUUAAACAGAUUUUAUUGUCACCUGGCAGAUGGAUUAGAUCAUGUAGUUAUCUCGUUCAAGGUAUUCAUUCACAAAUAUACUUGCGUAGGUAAAUCAGUACCUGUCCAUUUGCGUAGGCGUUGUAAGUCAGUUAAGACUCACAUGAGGGUUGUGUAAUUAAUCAUUAAUCAGAUAAAGUUCAACCUAACAAUGCAAUUAUGUAUCUUGGUCACCGAAUCUGUUGCGUGAUAAUCACUUUAUCCAUUCAAAAUAUAAUGUCUCCCACUUCAAACGAUCUCCUCUCAAAGCAUGCUCUUUGUUAAACCCGAACCAAUAAUCAAAACAAUGUUUUUGAAUUUCUUGCCAUUUAGUAAAGCAGAACAGAGAAAGCGAUUCCACUCUUUAUUUUGAAUUGUUUCCUGAAACAAUAAUCAUUUUCAUCCGUUUUUCUUUUCAUAAAUAAUCUAUCGUUUGAUUCACAAUGAAGUUAUUUUCACAAGUAGUUUUUUUUUCAAGCUUACUGUGUUGAUAUGAAAUUAGUUGAAAAUUAGAAAGGUUGCCUUAUUAUUUUUUAAGUUAAAUUAAAAACUUGUCUUUUUUUUAUUUGUUUUUUUUUUUAUUUUGUUGUUCGUGAAAAUCGUGUUUUACGUUUUGUUUAACAUGAUAUAGAACGCAUUCAAAGCACUUUGGCUUCUCAAAGUUAUGACAGUUUUGUAGAUUUAUAAGUUCCUUACAAAAGAUUGUGUUAUAUCAGAUUUACACCUAACAUUUGUGUUUAUAACAAAGAAAAGAUAGUUAAAGUUAAUUGUAUUUCAAAUUUCCUACGGAAAAUAAAGGAGAUUUUAACAAGGAAACACGAGUUUAUUGUCAACAGUGUUAUUUACCUGUGAAAUUGUCAAUGUUUAUUUUGUUUUAAACCUUUCAAGAAAUAAAACAUGAUGAUCAGUAAAUAA